AAAGGAAAUAAGUAUCAAAGUGUAAUUCUAAAUUUUUGCUUAUUACUGUGAUUUUACUUUUUACUGUGUGAAAGUUACAUAGAGCCAAGAAUUUAGCAGUUAAUUAGUGAAAACAGCCGAGUUAACUUUGAAGCAGGUGUAUUUAGUGUUUGUCAAGUAUUGGUUGUAGUAUUUAUUUAGAAAGGUAGGAGGGUUUGGUCAAAGAAGCAACUUCUAUACUUGGCUUUUUUACUAUUAUUAAAAGCAGAACUUCAAUAUCAAUGGCUAGGCAUUUGAAUUCGCUGGAUUUUGAUUUAACCCAACAAAGCGAUUAUUUUUGGUACUGGCAAAGGAUGAAGGCUGAGUUACAACUUGACCACUGUGGUACCUAUUACCAGCAGCAUCAAACUUGCUAUUUGCAGUCAGGUUUUGAACCAUAUUUUGAAUAUAACUAUAACUGUAUAUUUUAUGAGAAUGUUCAGAAUGUCUCCUCUACAAAAGAGAAUGCUAAAGAUCUAGCUGAAAUUCCAACUGUGUCAGAGGCUUGGUCUACAAAUAACGAGGAGGAGCAAACUGAAGAUCCACAGAUUCCCUUGGAUAUUGAGAACCUGAACAAGGAGUUUAUGGUGGGAAGUGAAGAGCUAUAUGACUCUCUAAUGAAUUGUCACUGGCAGCCUCUGGAUACUAUUGCUUCUAGAAUCCCAAAUAACAUCCAGGAGUAACUCUGUAAAUACCCAGCAAUUCCCAUCAAAAUGCUAUGUUGGUACGUUUGGGGAUGGGUCAGAAGUCUUAUUUUGUUUUGUUUCGGAGGCAUUUAUUGGAAUAUAAUUGUUGGAAGUAUUGGAACAUAGUGAGAAUGAAUAAUUACUUCCAUAAAAAUAAAGAUACUUAACCAGUAAA